GGUGCCAAUCAAUGGACAAUCAAUGGAAAUCGAGAUCUUCAACACAGCCCCCCAGCCUCCGACCAAGCGAGAUUUGCCCUUCGUUUCGGUGAUAUCCACCGCAGCCAAUACCCUCUGAUGCCGAUUUCUUGGCGUGCCGCGGGGCCAAACCCUCCCCAAGCUGCCCUGGCCUGCCGCUGCCAGCUGUCGCGAUUCACGCGUGUUUCAGCGGGGUCCGGAUGCCGCAAAUCACUGGCAAGGGAAGAUCGGUGAGGUCAUCGAGAUAUUCAAACAAGCAAGCGAAAAUAAAUACGAUGGCGGUGCGAGACGGCAGAAAUUGCCACUUCGGUGGCCGGUCUUGGAACACACUUGGCGAUUGUGGUUGGGGAUUAGCAGUGAGGUUGAUUGACCAGGUGGAAAUCCCAAGCAUGCAGGACACGCAUGCAAAAGUCUUGUUCUUGUUGGAAGUAUCGACUCGUGUGCAGGCUGUGCCUGCCACUACUUCUUGGAAGUUGGAACACGAUGGCCCACCGGCAAUCUACACAAGACCCAGAACAGACUCCACUUCAACGCUCUCGAUGCCUCAGCCUAAGACUGUGAUCAAAAUCGUGCGAGUACACACGAAUCCAAAAAUGCCCAUUCUCCAUGCACCCUUUCGCUUGCCCAUCUCUCGUAACUUCGUACGCAAUGUCGCUCGCUAUACAGCGUGAACGUAAUUCGCUGGCACGCUUUUCGUGACUCCCCCUUUCUCAACCUCUGCCCAUCCAUCACCUGGGUCUUCUUUAAUCAGUACGAAUCUCUCGCCUUCGUACAUGCUGUGCUCUGCCUCGCUCUGUGCAGUAUACUCGUAG